UGUUAUCAUUUUUAAUUUUGUCCUUCAAAAAGAAAAGCAAACAAGUUCAGCUGACGGGUUUAUUAUUCAAAAGGCUGAUUUUACGGUGUUCUGCCUUUUAGAGAAUUCAGGCCAUCCCUGUUCGAAUUUAAAUGUCAGCAUUUUGUCACUGCAUAUGUCAUUGCACAGAGCCAUAACGGGGUAAAAAAGCUCUCUGCAUCAGCAAGGCAGCUCUGAGAAUGCCAGGAAUGGCCCCGCGGGAUCCCAGGCCAUGGGAAAGGGCCGAUCCAAAGCUUGUGUUUCCUUGCAGCAGGAAGCGCCCUGGCAUAGCAUGAGCGCCCCUGGCACCGCGGGCCAUGCCCUUCUCCAACAGCUCUGACCUCAGCCCGUCCUUCCUGCUGGCCAGCAUCCCGGGGCUGGAGGCGGCGCAGGGCUGGGUGGCCAUCCCGCUGUGCUCGGCCUACGUGCUGGCCCUGCUGGGCAACUGCGCCGUGCUGCUGGUGGUGCGCGCGGAGCCCAGCCUGCACGCGCCCAUGUACCUCUUCCUCUGCAUGCUGGCCGCCAUCGACCUGGCCCUGGCCACGGCCACCGUGCCGCGCAUCCUCUGCUUCUACUGGUUCGGCAGCCGGGAAAUCAGCUUCGGCGCCUGCCUGCUCCAGAUGUUCCUCAUCCACGCGCUCUCGGCCGUCGAGUCCGCCGUGCUGCUGGCCAUGGCCGUGGACCGCUACGUGGCCAUCUGCCACCCGCUGCGCCACGCCGCCAUCCUCACCAGCGGCGCCACGGCCAAGGUGGGGCUGCUGGCCAUGGCCAGGGGAGUGCUCUUCUUCCUGCCUCUGCCCCUGCUGCUGCUGCCCCUGCCCUUCUGCGGCUCCCGGCUGCUGUCCCACUCCUUCUGCCUGCACCAGGACGUGAUGAACCUGGCCUGCGCCAACACCACCCCCAGCGUGGUGUACGGGCUCACCGCCAUCCUGCUGGUCAUGGGGCUGGACGCCGUCCUCAUCUGCCUCUCCUACCUCCUCAUCCUCAAGGCCGUGCUGCGCCUGGCGGCCUGGAGGGAGCGGCUCAAGGUGUUCAGCACCUGCAUCGCCCACAUCUGCGUGGUGCUGGCCUUCUACGUGCCCCUCAUCGGGCUGUCCGUGGUGCACAGGUUCGGGAAGAACCUGGCUCCGCUGGUCCACAUCAUCAUGGGCAACAUCUACAUCCUGGUGCCCGCUGUGCUCAACCCCAUCAUCUACGGGGUGAGGACCAAGCAGAUCCAGAGGAGGAUCCUGAGUUUGAUUCAUGUCACUGACAGAACUCCCCGAUGACCUGAGCUCGGCCUCUGUCCUGUGUCCUCACUCUGGCUCAUCUUAUUUUACACUCAGAGUCUUUGGUGCUGGGCUGUCCUCUCCGUGUGCUCCGAGGUGCUGCCACCAGGCAAGAGCUGAUUGUAAACUCCGUCCCAGAGUGUUUGCCCUCACCAAACUCGAAAUGGCUGCAAUGAUCUGAAUCCAAGCCCGUCGUGGCAGGUUCCACAAGAAGGGAAAAGUGACUCAGCAAACUUACACAGAAAUCCCAACACUGCCCCUCUUGGUUCCUGUCUCACCUCUAACAGUGCAAAUGCUGGAUGACAGCAGAGCAAAGGCUGGAUGGUUUGGGAUGAUUUAGUUAAUUCAUUGUUUUCACGUGUUUUCACAUGUUUUCACAGUCGCAUUCCAAAAGUUUUGCCAGAAAAUUUGCAUGUAGCAUCAUUCUCUAAGUAAAAUAAUGACAGGACACCUGUCCAAAGUGACAUUACAGAUGAAGAAAUGCAUUUCAGGUAAAGGACAUCCACCUCUGUGGUCUUGUUCUGACCUGUUGUGUGCUCUGUCAAGACCCUUCAACCUCCCAUAGCAGGUGCUGUGGAAGAACUUCAGAUUCAGAGUUACUAGUAGCAGUUGUAAAAAUAAUUUAAAUUAAUAAUUGCAUUCAAUAAAUUAAAACAUCACAAGAGAAAAAAAAUAAGCAAGUUAUAAAUGUUAGUGGUGAUGCCAAGCUGAAGGAAGUCUCAUUUCCAAGCCAAAGGUGUUCCACACUGGUAAUUCCUAAAAACUCCUGUCGCUGGCACCAGUGAACAGGGACUGGCACCAUCCUCUGGCACACCUUGGGGAGAUCUGGAUGGACGGAUGGGAGCCCCUCUCAGUGUUCUCGUUGUCAUGAGUUGUGCUUUCACUAUGAAUUGUGGUUUCACAUGGAUUGUGGUUUCACUCGAGGUGAAGGCAGGGAUGUGUUUGCAGUUUCCCCUGCAGCAGAACCCAAGAUGUCUCCGGGAGGGUGCUGGGGCUGAGCUCUAGUUUGGGCACGAUGGGUUUUUGGGUUUUGCUGCACAAGGGGUGGCACAAGGCCCUGCCCAGGAAUUUCUCAGGCAGUGUUGCCUGGAUCUGCACUCUCAGGUGCUCUCAAACCCCAGUGUCUCCAUUAGUAUCACACAAUCCCAAAUCCCUGAGGCUGGCAAAGCCCUCCCAGCCCACGGAGUCCCAGCUGUGCCCCACGGCC